UUUAAACUGCUCAAAAUCUGACCGACUUUCAAGCCUGAUUAAACCUCUAACAAACAGCGGGUAUGGCGGCUGCCGUGUCUCUCAGCACCACCUCUGGUACCGAUGAAGGCUCAGACAGCGGGCCCACUCUUACUUCUCGACCAGUUAGUGCAAACCAAGACCUCGCUACCGAUAAAGGAAACUUCAUGGCCCGUGAUACCAACUUCUACCCCGAAUUCGAAACUGGGGAAGGAGACGCCACAUCGGGCCGUGAAUGUCAGCGAAGAGUGGAGGAGGAUUUGACACCACUGAGCCUAGGGGACAUUGAAAGCCGCCUGGAGAGGACCCGCCGGGAGUUUUACAACCGUAGAAAAAUAAUAAUAAAAAAUUUACCCCCAGAUGUUACAAAUCAGGAGGUCCAUGAGCUGUUGGGAAGCUAUGAUCUGAAGUAUUGCUUUGUUGACAAAUACAAGGGCACAGCAUUUGUGACGCUCCUCAAUGGUGAUCAGGCCCAGUGCGCCAUUAAAGAGUUCCACCAGAUCAUGCUACGGGACCGGGAGAUCUCUGUGCAGCUGCAGCCGACAGACGCCCUGCUGUGCAUCGCCAACCUGCCCCGGGCCUUCUCUCAGCAGCAGUUUGAAGAGCUGGUGCGCCCUUUUGGCAACCUUGAGCGCUGCUUCCUGGUUUACAGUGCCUCAACGGGCCAUUCCAAAGGCUAUGGCUUCGUGGAGUACAUGAAAAAGGACUCGGCGGCCCGAGCUAAAUCCGAGCUGUUGGGGAAGCAGCUGGGCUCCCGCAUGCUCUACGUCCACUGGACUGAAGUGGGCUCGCUGACGUACCCGCAGCUGCACUCCAAAUGCCUGUGUGUUGACCGGUUGCCCCCCAGCCUCCUGACCGCCCAGGAUCUCCGGAACGCUCUGGCUGACACCCAUGCACCGGUUUUCUGUCAGUUGGCUCAGGGACAAGAUGGAAGUUUCAGACGUUUUGCCGUUCUAGAGUUUGCCACUGCGGAGAUGGCUGAGGAUGCCCAGCGAGUCGGAGAUGGCAGGCUGAUCGGUGGGACGCACAUCAGGGUGUCCUUCUGUGCCCCCGGCCCUCCUGGAAGAAGCAUGCUGGCUGCACUUAUUGCUGCCCAAACCAUGGCUGUGAACAGAGGUAAAGGCCUCCUUCCUGAUCCCACAGUCAUGCAGAUUCUCUCAAGUCUUAAUAAUCCUGCCACCCUCAGGAUGCUGCUCAACACUCUGGCACAGGGACACAAACAGGGUCUUCUUGGAGCCCCUCCUGCACUGCCGCUGCUGGCCAACCCUGCCCUGUCAGCUGCCCUGCUGCAGCUGCUCCUUCAGAACCAGGCCAAGGCCCAGCAGCAGGCAGGACUCAUCGGGGACAAUCCUCUGGCUGCUCUGCCCGUCCAGCAGGGAGUCCAUCUGCUUGGAGAUAUCCCUCAAGGUGGUGUAGUCCCAGGCCUGGGUCUGCAGUCAGAUGGUGUGCCCUCACUGAAACCAGCGCCGCCUGGCAGAGGCCCGACAAGGGAGCAGGAUUCCCCCACGUCGGCGUGCAGCUUCCCUCAGACACCUUCUCCCACCCUACCAGGCAUUUCCUUACCCCUGAUGGGUGGCAUGAUGGGGGCAGAUGGUCCCGCAGCGCAAGGGGUAACUAUGCUGGGCGAUCUUCCUAAAGAGAGGAACCUUCCACAGAGUACCUUCCUCAAUGUCAACAAUGUUUUUCCUUCAGCAAGUAGCAGACCUCACCCCUACAGGAAAAGACCAACACUAAGUAAUGUGUCCAAUCAGCACAUGCAGCCGAGUUAUAACCUCCGCUUCCAGGAAUCCUACAGCUCACAGUAUCCUCCUCUGCACCAGGACGCCUUGGCAUACUUGUAUGAACAGCGGGAGAACCUUGAUGUCGGCGCCUUGGCAGGAUUUGGUCAGCAGCUUCAGCCAGACUACUGCGAACCAUUUUCUCAAAGCACUUAUCCAAGCAGCGCACCCCUCUCCUCUUACUUCAGCUCAGGACCGGAAGCUUCCAGCAAUGGCCCCCUCCCUUCAACCCACCUCAACAAGGCUGUUGGGAUGCCCCCUGGAAGCCACGGUGCCCACUACCCUCCAGGCCUGGGGAAUGUUAUGAAGACGCCAGCAAGCAGCCAGAAGCGUUUAUUUUCCCGGCUGAUCCCGUCUCCGGAGCCAAGCCCAGAGGGAGGCUAUGUGGGCCAGCACUCCCAGGGACUCGGGGGUCACUAUGCAGACUCCUAUCUAAAGCGUAAGCGUAUAUUCUGAGUAUUGAAAGUUUAGGUGUUUUGUAUUCAGAACAAAGCAGCAUGUCCUGCAAAAGAUGCAAAGCCCCAAUAGUCGUCCUUGGAUUUACCUCUGCGAGUGACCCCUGGGGGGCGCCAGGGAGUGCAUUCUGUUGUCUGGACAGUGGGAACUUUUUAUGGUGUGAAUUUAACUUGUUUUUGUUCUUCUCUGAUCCAUUUGUGUGUUUAUAUUUUUUAUGAUUUUACUGUUUUGUAAAUUAACUUUUUAAUUUUGAGCUUAUGUUUAUUUUGUACAGUGAAAAAAAAAAAUUAGUAGCAAUUGUUUUUUUGUUUUUUUCAUUUUUUAUGAUUCAUGCAUGAAGUGUGAUGUGCUAGCUAAAGGUUGUUUUGGCCAGUUAAUGGUGCUGCUUCUGUCUACACUUUCCAAAGGGACAUGAAAGUAUUAAAAAAAAUCUUUUAUCUCUGGGUCUGCUUUUUUAAAUGGCCUUUAUUGUAAAAAGUUAAACUUUUUUUUUUUUUUUCUUUUUCUAUUCCUACCAUUUUUUUUUUCUCUGCAAAACUUGUUUCAGGAAGCAUUUGUUUUGUUUUUUUCUUCUUUGCUCUACAUGCAGCUUUCCAUCCACCAGUGAUAAGUUGUAUGUGCCCUGUCAUAAAACAGGGCUUUAUGAUUUUUGGGGACGUUUUCUGAGAUUGUUUUUCACAUUGUUCAUCUUGUUGCUCCAACAUGUCUCAACGGUCUGUUUUCAGCACUGGUUGUCCACCUGGGAGGGCACAGGUCUCUGUCCUAACCUGUUCUCACCUGUAAAAGUUUGUUUCUUACUCAUCUCUACACAUAUCUUUAUUUUUUCGGGGGUUAUUACCAUCAGGAAAAAAAAAUUAACGACCACCUUAUUGGUAUAAAUUGGUGGAUGGGGAAGAUGGGCUGAUAAACUCUGGAUGAGCUUUAAUAAAGGAGGCAGCCUGUGUUUUAUUCUGCCCGGAAACAUGCUAAUAGAGGCAAGUCCCAGAUUAGUCUGUAACAUGGCUGUCCCCUUUUUCCUUUAAGUAAUUUAUGGUUGACAGUUUGAUUGUGAAAACCCAUUACCUCUGACUUCUGCUCUAAAAGCAGCCAUACUUGAGCCUUAAUGUUGUUUUACGUUGUAAUCACCCGAUGCUGUUGGCUUCCAUCUACUUUUUCCAUUUAUCUGCUGUGUAAAUAGUUAAAGCUUGAUUUCUUUUUAGAGUCCUGAACGUGCCAUUUUUCCCCCCACACUUAUAUGCAGUCAGGUUUUUUUUAUUUAUUUUUUUUUUUGUUAAUGAAUGGAUUUUCCUGGUUUUUGUUUUGGUUAUUUCCUGUAUGUUUGAAAAACUGACGUUUUACAGAAUGGCUCCACAGUAGACUGUUCAUGUUGUGUAUGGACCAAGAGAUGCAGCUGUUCUGUGUGCUCAUAGGCUAAUUAUAAAUGGUUAAGCGUU